UUCGAACCACAAAAAUACAAAACUGGGUGGGAUGCUUCGGUGCCAGAGGCUCUGGUUUGGCCACUUAUAGUCCAAUGCACGAAAAGUUGAAUAAGAAUCCGAACGGUAACACAUUCAUCCCGUUGUCCGAAUUGGUGUUCCGACUUUGUGCCUUCCACAGACCAGGAUAUGACCACGUCACAAUUGUGUUUUACAAUUUCACUUCAUUUACAGUGAAGUCCCAAAAUUUGAUGGCAAUUCUUUCAGAUUUUGAAAAAGCGAGUGUCACUCUACAAGAUGUGUCAUUCGUUUCUUAUGGAAAUUUGACACAUUGUAAUGGCACUGUUUUUGACCCAUUCGUGGUUGCUGGUAACGAAAUGUCAAGAAUUAUAAAGGAACGCCAAUUAACUGAUUGGAUUUCUUCGAUAAAAUUAGCAUGUAGCGCUCGCAUGUUUCCCUUAUGCUCGGGUCGAAACAGAGCCGCAUUCGACAAUGAAGAUGACGAGGACGAGGACGAGGACGCCCAGUAGAAGAGUCCCUUCUUCUUUUGCACCUUCUCAUUGUCCUUGCCGUCUACUUUGUUACGUACACAAUAGUGUUUUGACAACUUUCUGAUUCUGCCUAGUAAUCCCUCUGCUAGUUGCUAUCUAUCACUGCUGCCAUUACCAAUUCGCGCCCAAUUUAGGCUUUAUUCCGUAUAGAUUGUUUUUCACUCCUUUAUCGGGUGAGUAGGGUUGGGACCGAAGCGGCUGUUGCGCUUUGGUACAACAGCGCUGCAGGGUGUCAACCCUGACGCAUGGCAACGUCCUUGACGCGUCGUAUACCCAAUCCCCAAGUCUUAUAUUUUUUCAUGGAUUUUUAAUGUCUCAAUUGAAUUACCCGUACAAAUGUAUGAUAAUAAUGUCACUGCACAAAAUUUUUCUUUAAAAAUCAUUUGGCUAUA